GGUUCCGGCCUCCGGAAUGAAAGGAGGGAACGCAGGUGAGAAAGCUAGACGGGCAGGUGAGGAAGCGGUGAGGUAAACAGAGCGCUAGCUCAGUAUGGCGGAGGCUGGAGAUAAAGCAAGGCCCCUAAAGAACUGGAUGGACAGCUGGCAAAGAGAAAAGUCGACCACCAUGGAAUCGCCAGAAGAGCCUGGAGCGUCCAUGGAUGAGAACUACUUUGUGAACUACACGUUCAAAGAUCGGUCACACUCGGGCCGCGUAGCUCAGGGCAUCAUGAAACUGUGUCUGGAGGAGGAGCUCUUUGCUGACGUCACCAUUUCAGUAGAGGGCCGAGAGUUUCAGCUCCACCGGCUGGUCCUCUCAGCUCAGAGCUGCUUCUUCCGGUCCAUGUUCACGUCCAACCUGAAGGAGGCUCACAACCGAGUGAUUGUACUGCAGGAUGUCAGCGAGUCUGUUUUCCAGCUCCUGGUGGAUUAUAUCUACCAUGGGACUGUGAAACUCCGAGCUGAUGAGCUGCAGGAAAUUUAUGAGGUGUCAGACAUGUAUCAGUUGACAUCUCUCUUUGAAGAAUGUUCUCGGUUUUUGGCCCGCACAGUGCAAGUAGGAAACUGCCUUCAAGUGAUGUGGCUGGCAGAUCGGCACAGUGAUCCUGAGCUCUACACUGCUGCCAAACACUGUGCCAAGACCCACCUGGCCCAGCUGCAAGGCACAGAGGAAUUUCUCCACUUGUCUCACCAUCUCCUCACUGAUAUCAUCUCAGAUGGAGUUCCAUGUUCCCAGAACCCAGCAGAGGCCAUAGAAUCCUGGAUCAAUUUUAACAAAGAGGAAAGAGAGGCUUUUACUGAGUCGCUCAGGACUAGCUUGAAGGAAAUUGGGGAGAACGUGCACAUUUACUUAAUCGGCAAAGAGUCGUCUCGUACUCACUCCUUGGCUGUGUCCUUGCAUUGUGCAGAAGAUGACUCCAUCACUGUAAGUGGCCAGAACAGCUUGUGCCACCAGAUCACUGCGGCCUGCAAGCAUGGUGCAGACCUGUACGUGGUGGGAGGGUCCAUUCCCCGGCGCAUGUGGAAGUGUAACAAUGCCACGGUUGACUGGGAGUGGUGUGCACCUUUACCCCGAGACCGGCUCCAGCACACUCUGGUAUCUGUGCCCGGGAAAGAUGCCAUAUAUUCACUAGGUGGCAAGACACUGCAGGAUACCCUUUCCAACGCAGUUAUCUACUACCGGGUAGGUGAUAACGUCUGGACAGAGACAACCCAGCUAGAAGUGGCUGUGUCGGGGGCAGCUGGGGCCAACCUCAAUGGGAUCAUCUACUUACUAGGGGGGGAGGAGAAUGACCUGGACUUCUUCACCAAACCAUCCCGACUUAUCCAGUGCUUUGACACAGAGACAGACAAGUGCCACGUGAAGCCCUAUGUGCUGCCCUUCGCUGGCCUCAUGCACGCUGCUGUGCAUAAGGAUCUGGUGUUCAUCGUGGCCGAAGGGGACUCACUGGUGUGCUACAAUCCCCUGCUAGACAGCUUCACCCGGCUCUGCCUCCCGGAGGCCUGGAGCUCUGCCCCAUCUCUCUGGAAGAUUGCCAGCUGUAACGGGAGCAUCUAUGUCUUCCGGGACCGGUAUAAAAAGGGGGAUACCAGUACCUAUAAGCUGGACCCUGCCACUUCAGCUGUCACUGUCACCAGAGGCAUUAAGGUGCUGCUUACCAAUUUGCAGUUUGUUUUGGCCUAAAGAAAUAGGGAAGGGGUGCAGAGGGGAGAGCAACUGCCUCUUGUGCCCUCCCCUUUUUCAGCACCUACCCACCCAGACUCCCAAGUCCCUGAGCCCCAAUUCAGAGUAUUAUUUCUGGCAUAUAUUGAAAAGGUGGCACCUCAGACCUCCCCUGAACCUAUCGUGGUUGUGUUGAGGGCUUUUUAGACCGCUGCUGCUCAGCUGAUUGCCUUAGCUGAGAGAAUAGGCCGCCCUGGUUGCUGCCAUUUCCUUGUAAUCCUGUGCCUCACUACAGCCUGCUUAGAGCAAGCCUUUUCUCAGACCUUAGGCACAGCCUCCCCUCUUUAUCUGAUCAGUGUUCAACAGAACACCCCCAUCCCAAAACAAAGAUGUUUAAUCCUCCUUUUUUAAGUAGUCUGUUAAGUGGCUGGUUGAUGUCCCCUCUGUCCCCCCAAGAAUGAAGUGUUGUAGUUUUCCUUCAGGCUUUGUUUGGGAGAAUGGACUACAAUGAAGGUGUACUUCACCAGCAACAGUCAAACUAGAAUUCAGGAUGUUCCUUCUAUUGUUUUCUCACCUGUGUGUCAGGAUAUGUAUACUUUGGUUUUAUUUUUGGCUUACUCCAUUCCUCUAUGAGGGGUAUUAGCCAGAAAGAAGUAGAAAAGAUUAUUUCUGAUUAAUAGCAGAAAUUUUUUUCAAACUCAAACUCUGCUCUUUUAAAAGCUCUAAGCUAAGGCAUGAGCCAGGAACUAUUCAUACAAAUAAAGUUUUUGAAGGG